AUGAGUCGUCCCACCCGCACCCUCGCCCAGCUUCCCCCGGAGAUUCUCGACUUGAUUCUCCAACAUGUCAAAGAUGUCAAAGACGUCCGUUCGUGCUGCUGCGUAUCACGGCUUUUCAACGAUGUUGCCGAACGGGUGCUAUACCGGAUUGUAAACAUCUCAUCCCAUGAUAAAGCCAAAAGAUUCGCCUUGGCUUUGCGGCUCCGACCCGGUCGCCGGAACCACGUGCAUAAUGUCUCCAUCGACUCAUCGAGAACGGGAAAUUCCUUCGCUAGUCCCCCCUUCAGCUGGACUUCGAUGAUGUUAUGCCCAUUGCUGAUUGAUUGCCCCAAUCUGGAGAAGCUCAACCUUGCCUCUCACUAUUGCUACCAAGAACACAUAACCUCCUUCAUCUAUCUCAAGGUCGAUGACGUCCUAUACCACCAGCUUGACCUCUUCGACAUGCUUCGCCGAGCGAGCCUGCGCACUCCACCGGCUGAGCGCAUUCACACCAAACUAACCACUCUGCGCCUGUAUUUCAGGAUGCUCACGGGCUGGCCCGAAUGGGCCCUCGGCUCAGACCUGCUCCACAUGUUCCUGAGCCCCACCCUCCGCGAGAUAUCUCUCCACGGCUGCGACCUCACCACUAACACCGCAAUCCCCGAUGCUCUCCAUUACGCAGCGUUUCAAAAGUCGACCCCGCUGGAGGUCCUCCGGCUACGGCACUCAUUCGCCUCAGUCGAGGUUCUCCAUAAGAUCCUAUCCAUCCCCCGCCGACUGAAAUGCUUCCUCCUGGAGAUCGAUAACGAGCUGGUCGACCCGAAGACUCCGAGCCCUUUCUCCGAUCUGGAAAGCUGGACGAGGCUGUUCGCCCAACACAAAGACUCGCUUGAAGAGAUUGUCCUCCUCGUCAACGAGGACACCCUGGACCAGUCCGAUGGCUGCUUAGACCUUCGGGGCAUGGAGAGGAUGAGGCUGCUGGUCGGAUCCGUUCUGUGGAACGGAAAAAAGAAUACCAAGUGGCCGCCGGGUACGACGACGAUGCGUUCGCCCGAAUAUUACAAAAUGCUUGACGAAACAAGGCCCGAAUGGGCCCAGUGGAUCGAACAUCAGGACGACAUGGAAGAGGACGGAUGGGACGCUCAGAGCGACGACGACACCUAUUCAGACCUGGAUCCGGAUCUCGAGGAGUACUGGGACGAAUAUGGCGAAGACCUUCUCUGA